GACGUGACGUCAGAUUUUGACUUUGACGUCUAUUUGUUGACUAAUUUUUCUGCAGUUUCCAUGCGGUGUGUUUUUCAUAAAUAUUCUGAAAGUUUACCGUAAAAAAUGAGUGAAUACUAUAAUGUUGUUCCGUGGUUUAAUAGUAAAGAGUGGUUAGAUGUGUACGAGAAUGUAUACAUUAGUAAAAACAAAACCGAAGCACAUAACCUAUUGCUCAUCUGGAAAGCGAGAUGUCCCUCAUUGCCUUCUGGUAUUGAGUCAACAUUAACACUAUUAGAAGUGCUUAUACAAGAUGAAAAUAACGUUAGCACUAUGGGUAGUGAUCAGUUACUUCGGCUGGCCUACUCAUCCGCAAUCAUGCGCUUUGUGAACCACAUGCUGGAUACAGAAACCGCUAAAGGAUCGAGUUUGUACCAAGCUGCUAAUCGGUUGGGCGUUCCAGACUGGAUCAUAGAUUUGAGACAUGAUACCGCCCACAGUAACAACUUACCGUCAAUUGAAUUACUUAGAGAAGCGUCACAUAUAGGACUAGACUGGCUAGAGAAAAACUAUUGGCUUAAAUAUAAAGAAUGUAUCGCAGAUUACCAAUCAGGUCAGAAAGAUAUUGGCACACCAGAUAUGAAUAAGAUGGCUACAUUCAUGAACUUAUGUUUGUCACUAAGUUUUUGUGCCCAUUCUCGAUGCAAAAUAAAGAAUUUAGCAGAUAUUCCUGAUACUAGUCUAGUGGAAUCAAUUAUAAAUGAUGCGAGGGAUAUUUUUGGGGAUCUUAUUGACUUUUCAAAUUUAAAAACAGUUUCUAUUGCAUCUUUGGUCAACAUACUGAACAAUCAUUCCAAAAAGUUACUCAAAUGCAAAGAUGCUGCAAUAAAUGCAAAUAAAGCAUUACUCGGAGAAGAUUCAUUGUUUCUUUCCCUAGACAUUCUUAACAGUUUAGGUGGUGACAUCAUUCAAAAAAGAAAAUUAGCACCACAAUAUGUACAAUGCUUUGAAGUGCUACUGACAUGUUUACAUACAUAUGAUAUUUUAUUAGACUUUAUACUAGAGCUAAUCCAAGUUUCAAAUAAUGUUGAGAAUGGAGAACAGAAAUGUCUUCUUGCUGCUCUCUGGGUUUCAGAAAUAUUAGUAGCUUUGGAAAAAUGUAAAAGAAUCACAGCAAGACUAAAAAAAACUAAUUUAACAGAGAAAGAAUCAAAGAAAAAGUUGAGAUUGCUUUACCACCACUGGUUCCCAAAUGAAAAAACAAGUGGACUUUUACUUGAUGUGCACAAGUCAGUUCCAGCUCAACUCACAAAUAUUGAAUUUCUUCAGCCUAUUAUAUCUACUUAUAAUCCAUUUCUGAAGUAUUUCAUAAAGGAUCUGCUUAAUUUAGUGGAACCAUUGUUGCCAAAAGUUGUAACAGAAAAUAUAUGUCAAUUGGCAAAGUUAAUAUCAUCUCCAGAAAAGUUUCCAUCUGCAUCACCCAAGAUUUAUACUGUUGAAGACUUGCAGAUGGCAGAUUAUGAUAAACAUUUAGAUUCUAUUGAACAGAAAGAAAUAACUUCCGAAUCAAAUGAAACCAUGGAUGUAGACGUAACACACAUUGCAAAAACUCAAAUGACUGCCCAUGGCAUUUGGCGCUUGGCUUCUGGAAGUCACAGUUGGUCCUCAUGUCCUAUUGGAGUGUUACCCUGGCAGCAAUGAAGUUAUGUGACAGAU